CAUUGCCUCUCUUUCAACACCUCAAUCCCAUCCUCUCCACGCAAACAUCAGUCCUUCCCACCCUUCCUCCGCGAUCGAUAGGGAAAUGGCGGCUCGAAUUCUCUCCUUCCUCCCCAUCCCCACCGCCUCAUCCCGCUCCUCCGCGCCCGUCAAGUCCAUGUCCUCCCUGUCGCCGCCGCCCAACCAUCACGCUGUCCGCCUCCGGAGCUUUCUUUUCGCCAUCCCCAUCUCCGUCGCCCCGUCCCUGCUCUUCCCGAGGCCAAGCCUCCGCUCCGCAGCCUCCGUCGUCUCCAUUCUCCCCACCGCAAAGCCGGAGAGGGCGUCGGCAGAGAAGUUGCCCAGUAAUGGAGGUGGUAAUGAAUGGGACAGAUGGUCGCUGAGGGCCAUAAAGGCCUUCGGCAUGGCGGAGUUGGAGGCGCGGAAGCUCAAGUACCCCAAGACGGGGACGGAGGCCCUCCUCAUGGGCAUCUUGGUCGAGGGAACAAGUGAAACAGCAAAGUUUCUACGUGCAAAUGGGAUUACUGUUUUUAAGUUGCGCGAGGAAACUGUCAAGUUAUUAGGUAAAUCAGAUAUGUACUUUUUUAGCCCUGAGCAUCCUCCGUUGACGGAACCGGCACAAAGGGCACUAGAUUGGGCUGUUGAUGAGAAACUAAAAUCAGCAGGUGAGGAUGGAGAAAUAACCACAGCACAUUUGCUUCUGGGUAUAUGGUCUGAGAAAGAAUCAGCUGGUCAUAAGAUAUUGGCUUCCUUAGGUUUUGAUGAUGAGAAAGCAAGUGAGCUGGCCAAGUCUGCUGAUAAGGAUAUCGUCAUGAAAUACCGAUAGAGGCUGCCUGACGUCGAAAACUGAUUCAGAGUUUCCAACCAGGAUUUCUGUUAAGCUGAUUGCUUCCUAGAAACUCAGUUUGAAGCAAACUGCUUGCGAGGUUAAGACAUGGCCUAUUAGGGGACUUUUGGUAUCUCCCGGAUGUGUUGCAUCAUUUUAUGCUUGUUAUCAGAGCAUUUUUAGUAGGUCAAUGCCUCUUGUAAUCGAAUACAGUUGAUGCUUGAAUUGGGUUCUUGCUUCAUUGCAGACCAUCUGAUUCUAGUUUUGCACCGGCCAUCACUGUUGUUCUUGAUAUUGGCUUCACCAUCGAUUAAGGUAUGAAUUGUCACGUACUCUUCUUCAAUUUGAAAUUGUAAUCUUCGUUUGCUUU